AUGAGUAGUAAUUUAUUAGAAAAAUCAAAAGUAUCUAUCUGUCCUGGUCUAUAUUGUGGUUAUCAAAAUAAUAGUACAAAUUGUGGGGGUUGUCAACGUGGAUAUCGUGUAAAUAAUGAAAAAAUAUGUCAAUUAUGUAAUGAACCAUUAUCAUUGUAUAAUUUUAUGUACAUCAUUUUUAUGGCAUUAUUGGCAUUAAGUUUUCAUUGGUAUUGUAUUAAUCGUUUACGAAAAAAGAAACAACGAGAAUUUACUUUUGUCAAACAGACAAUUCUUUAUUUUCUAUCCAUAUUGGAAAUCAUUGUUGCGUUUAUUUUUACAUUAUUAACAUUUCCACCAAUUGGUAAAUUAACAUUUAAUACAUGUCAAGUGAAAUUAUUCAGUGAUUUUUAUCCAAUAUUUCAUAAUCCAAUUGUAAAUUAUCGAAAAAAAUUACGAUGUUCAUAUGAAGUUGUUUAUCCAUUACAAAGUGCAAUUUUUGUUUUAUAUACAUAUGCAAGUUUAAUUAUGUUGUUCAUAAGACCAUUUUUUAUUUUCAUAAUUCAUCAAAAAUUUAUUUCAGCAUCAAUUUAUAGUGCACUUCAUUUUUAUCCAUGUUUACUUGUGUUACAUGCUUUAUGUGGUGGCCUUAUUUAUUUUUCUUUUCCAAUUUUAACAAUUACUAGUUCUAUACUUCUAAAUGCUAUUCAUUUUACAUUCAUAGCUAAUGGUGAAAGUGAAUGGAUUCCAUUUUUACGAAAACUUUGUGGAAAUAUUCAAAAUUGGAUUAUUUAUUUUAUACAUAUUAUACUUCUUCUAUGUGGUGUAAUUAGUUUAACACAAGUUGAAAAUGAAUAUCAUUUUAUGUUAUUACCUAUUGUUUUUCUACCAGGUUUAUUGUAUAUUUUAUUGUAUAAAUUUACAGGAACAAAUACAAUAAGACCGAUAGGAAAUUAA